GCUCGGCACUGCGGGGCGGAGCGGCCGCUGCCGGGAAGAGAAGCUGGAGCUGCAGCCGGAAUUGCUGCGCCGUGGCCGGGCCGGGAGCAGCCAAUGACCCAGCACGCCUGAGGCCCAGUAUCCGUGGGAAUGGAGCUGAAGGUCUGGGUAGAUGGGAUCCAGAGGGUUGUCUGUGGUGUCUCGGAGCAAACCACCUGCCAAGAAGUGGUCAUCGCUUUGGCACGGGCCAUUGGUCAGACAGGCCGCUACAUGCUGGUACAGAGGCUGAGAGAGAAGGAGCGGCAGCUGCUGCCCCUGGAGUGCCCCUUGGAGUUGCUGGCCAAGUGUGGGCAGUAUGCCAACGACGUGCAGUUUGUUCUGCGGCGGACAGGCCCCAGUGUGGCUGAACGACCCUCCUCGGAGGGCACUCCCCAAGUCCCUGAGAGGACAUUUAUCCGGGCCAGCUUGCCCAUCAAGCCUAGGCUUGCCUGCAUGGAUGCAUCCCGUUCCCGGGAGCCAAAAAAAUCCAUGACCUUCAACUUGGGUCCUACAGGCUCCAGUGACCCAUUUGCCAUGAGCCGCUGGAGGCAUCAAAUGCGGGAAGGGAUGGACAUGGGGAGCAGUGGGGUUGUUCAGCCCUCCAAGGAUGAGCUGUUUAGGAGGGUGCUGUGGCAGCAGGAGCAGCUGCAUUCUUUGGAGGCCCUCAGGGACACCCUAGAGACAGACCUACAGCUCUGGGAGCACAACCAGCUUGACAGCCAGGAGGAUGAGAUCUUCUACCUGGAGCACCUGGUGCAGAGGAAUGAGACAGAGCUGUGCGAGGAGGAAUUUUGGCAGAGUGAGCUCCGACUGGAGAAGGAGUGUGAGCGGGAGCGGCAGGAGAGGGUUAGGAGUCUACGGGCUGACCUGGAGGAGUAUACUCAGAGGAUUUACGAGCUGAGUGCCCGGACCGAAGCCCUGCAGAAGGAAAUCCAGUGGGAGAUGGCUGAGAGGGCCAAGAGGGGGAAGGCAACCCCUGCGCCUAGCCCCACAGAGCUGGAGGACAUGGCUGUCAAGAUGAAAAGGGACCUGGAGGCCAAGGUUAAGCAAGGCACCCAGCUGGAAAUCAACCUGGCCAGUGUGGAGAAGGCCCUGGAGGAAGCUGAAAGGAACUUGCAGUUGUAUCAACCAGGCAGAGCAUCUGGAGGUAGAAGGGCCCAGCCAGGAGAGGAUCAAUUGCCUUGCAAGUGUAACUGUAUAAAUAAACUGUAUGCUAUAUAUAUACUUUUUUUUUACUGCUUUAUAUUGUGAAUGGAUGUGGACGGCCAGACAGAGUAUUUUUACAGACUGAAAAAUAAAACCAGAGACCAAUGACACAAAACAACCCUCUUUUCCUGUGGAUGGAAGCAACACCUUUUUAUUUUUUUUAAGUGCUUUCUAUAUUCAACAGAAAACAGUGGUGCUCCUGUUCUGUGUAGCCUCCUCAAACGACUCAUAAUGCAUUUGGAAAAGUCCUUGCUCCUUUGAUUAGGGUGGUGAAGCUGUGGUAGAGACCUGCCUGGAGGCUCUGCCUGGCUGGAGCAAGUUAAUGGGUUUUAAAGCAUCUCACUGCAGCAAAACAGCCUCUUCACUGGCUGCACAGCAGGCACAAGAGUAGCUUUAAGACAAAUUUCUUCCCUCCUGUUUUUCUUACGAUAAGAAACCUGUAGUAGCAACCCCUGUUCCACAGUGCCACAGAUCAGGCUUUGAGGGAGCAGGGGACACACAGCAGGGGCUAUCCUAAAUUCACUUAAUUCUCCCAACUGAUUUUUUUUUUUUUUUAAUUAAAAUCACAGAAUGAGCCCUUCCCCAGUGGUGGUGUGAGUGGGGAGCAGGACUGAAACACUCUUGGUGACAUUUAACUGAUUAUUUUUUUUUUACUGAUUAUUUUAUUUUAUUUUUACUUGAUGGCCAGUAGUUAGUCUUGGUCUCCUUGCAUUUUAAUUGGAAAAACCAGAGCAGUUGUGGGAGGGGUUGAGUUUGUCCAGGAGGUCCUUGAGUCUGUUUUCAACACACUGUAUGCAAAAAAAUGUGACUCAGGCACAGUGUUUGCCAUAAAACCCCACUUUCCUCAUACGAAUGUAAUCCUCUAUGCCUUGGUUUCAAUUUUCAAUAAAGCUUUGGGGAAGGAUUUGAGCAAA